GAUUCCGGAGCAAAGCUUCACUUAUAAACAGAUAGCGGACCACCGUUUUCUACGACAGUCAUUCGGACGAUCGCAACGUGACAACACCUUAUAUAUCCUGCUAUUGAAUGAUCUCUCUUCCUAGACAUCUGUGGCUACAGCGUGAAAUCAAUAAUCAUCAAUUUUCGAGUUUGUAUUUUUGUUAAAAGUUUCUGCAGUAGACGCGACAAGAUGUUGGACCCGAGCUUCUUGGUGAACCUGGUCACAGUGUUGGCAAUGCUUCUGACCACUUUCUACCUGUGGGCCCGCUACAAGCAAAGCUACUGGAGUCGUCGAGGCAUCCCUACAGCGCCUAAUAGUCACUGGUUGUUUGGUCACUUCCGUGAUGCGAUCUUCAUGCGAUCAGCACCUCCGACACUUCUGGGAGAGCUGCACAAGUCCUGCCCAUCAGACGAACCGAUCCUCGGAGUUUACAUAAUGCAAAAGCCUUUUCUGCUGUUGCGCAAUGCCGAACUCAUCAAACAACUACUGGUCAAGGAUUCUCAGUACUUUCCUAAUCGGUACUUCGCAUCCAAACGCAAGAGCGAUGUGAUCGGCAGUCAGAAUUUGUUCAGCGUUGACAAUCCUAUGUGGAAGUAUUUGAGAGUCAAACUAUCGCCGGCGUUCACUACUGGCAAGCAAAAGAGACUCUUCGAACUUAUGCUGGAAAGCUCGCAAAACAUGAGUAAAUAUCUCGAGGCGAAUCUGCCUAAGGACGGAACGGAAAUAGACAUGGAGAUGAGAAGGGUGUCUAGCAAGUACACAACUGAUGUCAUUUCGUCGCUGGCGUUUGGAAUCAAGACCGACUCGUUUACUGAGCCGGAAGCAGAGUUCUACCUGCGAAGUCGUAAACUAUUUGAACAGAGCAUCAUCAAUACAUUGAAGUUGUUCUACAAUUUCUUCUUCCCCAAACUGAAUGACAUCGUUGGCAGCUCUUUUCUCGGAGCCGAAGAGGAUUAUUUCCGAAAAAUAUUUUGGGAGUCGAUGAACCAGAGGGAAAAAUCGGGUGUGAGCAGGGGCGAUGCUAUGGAUUUAUUGUUGGAAUUGAAAAAUUUGAAACAAAGCAAAGAAUUCAGAUUCGAGGGAGACCGCCUGGUGGCUCAGUCAGUGAUUCUGUUUGCUGCUGGACUAGAGACGAGCGCUACAACAAUGAGUUUUACUUUACUGGAGAUAGCUAAACAGCCAGAAAUUCAACGCAAGGUACGCGAGGAGAUUCGCGAUAAGUUAAACGGGAAGCCACUCACCUAUGAGCGAAUCUCCGAAAUGAAUUAUCUACAUCAAGUCGUCUCGGAAACCCUGCGCCUCUACCCACCGGCACCACUGCUCGAUCGCGUCGCUAUUGAUGAUUACAAGAUUCCUGGAACCGAUAUUGUUCUAGAGAAGGGAAGCGUGGUAUAUGUUGCUCUUAAUGGAGUGCAUCGAGACCCUGAUUACCACUCGGAUCCCUUGACCUAUGACCCAGACAGGUUUAGUGAAAUGCGAAAAAAAGAUAUGAAACCCUGCACCUACAUGCCUUUCGGCGAUGGUCCACGCAUUUGCAUAGGUAUGCGAACCGGCAUGUUACAAACUAUGGUGGGCCUGAUCACGUUACUAAGCCAAUAUGAAGUUAAGCUGAACCCAAUGUACAAAAACGAGAUAAGCAAAAGAGCGAUAUUUUUAGCGCCUGCCAACGGAAUACAUUUAUAUAUAAAAAGAUCUCCAAUCAUGUGAUUGAAACCAUUUGUUUCUCUUUUGAUAAUAUUGUAUAAAUUACUAUUAUACGAUUUCGCAUAAUAUACUAAUAAAUUUGUUUCUUUAUUAGUGUUGAACGAGUAAUUAAUGUUUGGAAAAUUAAAUUUUUAUAUACUCUCUACAACUCUAUGCUUAUACAAAUUUAUUUGAUCCUUUGUACUCUGAUGGCAAUAAAGGUUCAUGAAGAUAA